UAAAAAACCUCAUAAAAUAUAAUAUUUGGAGUUAUUGGACAUUAAUUUAAAUUUAACCCAAUUUAGAUAUUAGAUCUUGUGUAGACAUGACAGAAGAAAACGAGACAUUGGUAAUAGACUUCGUUCUCAUGGGAUUUACAAAUCACCCAGGGCUUCAGGUUCUCUUCUUCUUGGUGUUCUUAGGUAUCUACAUCAUAACUAUGGUGGGGAAUAUUGGACUGAUUGUGCUUAUCUGGAUGGACUCUCACCUUCAUACACCUAUGUACUUAUUCCUUGGUAAUUUAGCUUUAGCUGAUGCUUGUACUUCAACCACAGUGAGCCCUAAGAUGUUGGUGGGCUUUAUAACCCAAAAUCAAAUGAUAUCAGUGCCUGAGUGCAUGGCACAAUUAUACUUUUUUUCAUUCAGUGCAACCACAGAAUGUUGUCUUCUGGCUGCAAUGGCAUAUGACCGAUAUGUAGCCAUUUGUAAUCCCUUGCUUUAUCCAGUGGUGAUGACUAAUAGGUUAUGCAGCCAACUCUCAAUCUUUUCAUAUAUAGUUGGUGUUCUUCAUUCUAUGUUUCAUGUGGGCUUGUUAUUUAGAUUAAGUUUCUGCCACUCCAACAAAAUCCAGCACUUCUUUUGUGAUAUUAUGCCUUUAUAUAAAAUUUCCUGUACUGAUCCUUCUAUUAAUGUCCUGAUGGUUUUUAUCUUCUCUGGAUCAAUUCAGGCCUUUACGAUUUUGACUAUCCUAAUAUCUUAUACUUGUAUCCUCUUUGCCAUUCUGAAAAAGAAAUCUCAAAAGGGAAGAAGCAAAGCCUUUUCUACUUGUGGGGCUCACCUGUUCUCUGUUUCCUUAUACUUUGGCUCUCUCCUCUUCAUGUAUGUUCGUCCUAGAUCACUGCAAGCAGACAAUCAAGAUAUGAUGGAUUCUCUGUUCUAUACUAUUGUCAUCCCUUUGCUAAAUCCUUUUAUCUAUAGCCUGAGAAACAAGGAAGUUAUAGAAGCCCUGAGAACUGUAUUAAAACGAACAAUAUUUUCUAGGUGA